UUUCUGCUAUAUGUGCUACUUUAUGCAGACAAGCUUUGCUGGUGUUGAGGUUAUGCCUCUUCUACCAGAGGAAUCCAUGGCUGUGGACAUACCUGAAGAGGACCUGGAGAUAAGCUUCACAAGAGCUGGAGGUAAAGGAGGCCAGAACGUGAACAAGGUGGAAACGGCUGUUCGCAUGGUUCAUAUUCCAACUGGAAUUGCAGUUCGCUGCUCAGAGGAGAGGAGCCAGCUGGCCAACAAAAUAAAGGCCCUCAGCCGGCUCAAAGCGAAGCUGCUGGUGAUCGCCCUGGAGCAGCGUGCAUCAGAAAUCAAGCAGAUCCGUGGAGACAUUGUGAAGGCAGAGUGGGGGCAGCAGAUACGCAACUACGUCUUCCACCCCUACAAGCUCGUCAAGGAUGUCAGGACAGGGUGUGAGACGUCGGACAUCACUGGCGUAAUGGAUGGAGAGCUAGAUCCCUUUAUCAGAGCAUACAUUAAGUACAAGCUAACUGCGGCAGCUACCAGCUGAUUUUUGUUGAGGAGCAUAGCAAUGAGUGAUACCUACAUCCAUUGUAUUAUGUUGUAGUAUGAGGUUUUCAUCUCUCUCUUGAUUUAGUAUAAUUUCAUAGCACUAGCAAUCUAGCAUUGUAUUUAUUGAUCUAGGAAUCGAAGUGGAAACAUGGCAAA